AUGCCAGGUUUUCUUGACGAGUUAGGAAGCUUUGUGAGCGGUCGAUUUGUAAAGGGUGUCCUGCGGUUCGGUCUUUCUCGCUGCCCAAUGGCGUUGGUUGGGCUGAGCAGGGCGAACAAUGAGGCGAAAGGCAUCAGUGCGUCCACGCCCAACGAGGACUUGGUCGCAACGGAUGCGUCGCACCUUCGCCCCGAGAGGGUCCGGUGUGUAAGUGGUUAUGUGUAA